UUAGAUCUUGGCAAAAAUCUCUCAUUUCUGGCCCAUCUUCCCUACAACAGACGCCAUCCAUUUUUGGUUCUGUUCUUCCUUUAAGUCAAAAAACCGUCGUCCUCUUCCAUCGUCCCCACCAUCAUCGGUCUUUUAGGCUUCUUCUACCACCAUCUCUCUCUAGAAACAACAUCGCAUAGCGCCACCAUCACCAACUAAACACUAUCUCGGAACCCCCUCCCCCAUUACCUUCAACCACCAUCACAGAAAAACCCCACCACCGUCGCAGCUCUCUGGUUUGUAGGGUUAUUCAGUGAACGUUUUGGCAUUUACCCCAUUAAACGGUUUAAAUUGUUACACCAGUGGAUGGAACUUCGUUGUAAUUCAACACAUAAAUAUCUAGCCAAAUUUAUGAGGAGGAUGCUAUCAUCUGGCAAUGCUUGGAAAAUGAGUUGUUUGAUGAUCAAUAGAAUCAAUAAGGGAUGUAAUUAUCUUGUUAUGUGGUUCCAGUUGCAUCAUAAGUUCAAAGCACUACAUCAGGGGGCAAGCAUACAAGAAGUCUUGGGAGGCUACGUAGUGUCUUCCAUUUUCUUCUUUGUUUUUAAUACAAAGAUUAGAGUAAUCAUUCUACUUGGGAAACUUGCAUCAGUAGAGCCAAUGAGUCUCACCCACCAAGAAAAACAUUCUUUCUGGGUAAAUGUUUAUACUUUGUGCAUAAUGAAUGCAUUUCUUGAAAACUGA